UAAUCUCCAUCCCGCACCUCCUUACGCUCUUUCUCUUACCCACUCCAUAUUGUAUCGUUCAUCUCCCACAACCUCCGUCCGUUCGGCGCUGGAAGCCUUUGAGAGAUACUUGACUUCCGACUUAAUACUCCCAACCAACCAACCAACCGCUGUCAUCAUGCGAGCCGCUCGUCUUUCGUUCCUCCUUUACUCCCUCUCCCUCGUGGCCGUCGUCGCUGGCCAGAGCGCCGCGGUCACGGGCGUAGGAAACGCUGUCACCUCUGCUGCGGCUGCUACUACCGCAGAGGUUGCUCCUACCACAACGUCCGAGUCAACCUCAUCAACCGAGUCGACUUCAUCCACCAAAGAGACCACCAGUUCCACUACCAGUCAGCCUGAACCCACGACUACGUCAAGCUCAGAGACCACGAGUACCACGGAACCAGCAGCCAAGACAACCAAAGCAGCAGAUACGACCGCGCCUCAAACUACUAAUGCUGCCGCCGCCACCACUACCUCGUCGAAUAACAAUAACAACAACAACAACAAUAACAACAGUAACAGCAAAGAUAGCUCUACGACCACUUCUGAGACCACGGCCCAGACCACGGCUACCCCUGUCGUUAAGACCUCGUCUUCUCAGAAGAAGAUCAUUAUUGGUGUUGUUGUAGGUGUCGGUGGUGCGAUCAUUAUUGGAGCCAUCGCGGUGGUGGCCUGGAGAAUCCAUGCUCGCAAGGCUGCUCAUGACAACGACGAAGCUGCCGACCUCAUGAGCGGCACUGCCGUCGGAUCCGGUGCUCGCGAGAAGGCUCCUAGCCCCGGUGCCGGUGGAACGCCCUUCAAGACCACGCUUGACCAGUAUCACAACCCUGGUCCGGUGAAUGCGGCAUCAAACUUUUAAGUCUGGCCCGAUCUUCGGUCUCUGUAUCUGCUUGUCUCAGAUAAGAUACAACGUCUGGAUAUUCGCUCCGGAACU